CGAAAACGAAACUCAACUUCAACGACAGGUCAUCCACUUUUGAUCCUCCAAGCCGGGAUAUCUUUCCGCCCCAAUUGUUCCACUGCAGGUACCCAUAACUCAGAAUAGCAUGAUGCCCAUGCUUCCGGAUAAAUCCUCAGUGAGGCCAUGUGCGUUGCCUAUCAGCCGCCCUGUCAAGCUUUGGCACCCAAUCGCAACCCCCACUCGGGAGAUGAGCCGCAUCAAUAUAUAUCAAUUUCGGCUCUUCAGGAUCGAGCAGAGGCGGUUCUCGAGACUAAAUGUGCCUUCGCGGUACUUCCACAUCUCUGGACAUUGCUCCAGAUAGCCCUAUACUCGAGAAUAUCGAGACGAUCACAGCGCCAUACUGUCUUUGGCGACCACUGAGUCGCCGCUUCGUCCUCACUACGCCAAUCGAUUUGUUGAUAAAAGCGCUUCUGGGCCACUCUCAAGAGUCCAUCUUUUGGUCUGUGCAAGUGCCGCGUCUGGCCCAAACGCCAGUUCCCACAUUCAGCAGCUACCCGGGUCCACAGGAGCAUCGUGCCAUUAGACCAGAACGCACCUCUGGACAAAUUCGUGAUGGGAGGGCUCAUUUUCACUACUGACGUGUUGAUUCUGCAUUGAGAGAAUAUAGGUAUGGCUUCUGGAGCAGUCCCUGUCAGGUCGGCACCCACCGACACAUCAACUCUUCAGAUAUUGGAAGCAUUCCUCGAGGGGUCCAUCUACGCACUCACUCAUGUGGUGUAACAAGGGCUAAUUAUCCCUCCAAGGAAUUCCUAGCACCAUAUCAACUUGCACCGCUCGUGCUCUAGCCUCAUCUCUAGCGUAUGCAGCAAAUGUCGUGGAAGACUCCAUCCGAGAAGAUACCGACCUCAAACUGCCAUGGCUGGAUAUUCUGGCGCGCCACAAGUCCAUCCUCAACGCUAAUCACCGAUUCUGUUCAAGCUUUGAAGGACUGCGAAUUUCUAUGGUCGUGGAGCGAGGCCUUCAGAGAUUGAGAUACUGCUAGCGGGUCCAACACUGUCUACCAUGUCCAAUCUACUAUGUCGAGGUAAGUCCACUAUCGAGUUGAACGUUUCCUGAUCUCCUUGUACUUUCUAUAUGAGGUAAUAGGGUAUUCUAGAAACAUGAGCUAAAGGUGGACAUCAUCCCUUCUCUUUUCUUAGGAAACCCCCCAGAAUGUAUCUGGGAACUCAUAGGACCAGGGCCUUGAGAAUGACGAAAAGCUCAGCAAUAUGUAGUGAAUGGGACUAAUCUAGCGUGAUCCAAAGUUGCCAAGCCGUCAUAUUUAUUUUGUGGAUUCGCCCAUGCCUAACUAGGUAUUCGUUGAUUCCGCCACGAAAGAUGCGUGGGUGAUCGGGAGCGGGAACUAGCAUUGGCCUCGCGCACCCCGCCUGUCCUACCCGCGUCAUGACUCCACUUUACAUGAUCGAGUAACUGCAGGAAUCUCAGUGUUGGGCGUUGAAAGACAUUGAAGACUCAUAAACGAUUGCAUACAAACGCUCGCAAGAUAUGCUGACUAGUUCUCCGCAGUCUUGAUAUCAAGUCUCGUCAGUAUAGGUUGGUCAAGAGCCCCUGCCCAGAUAGGUAGGGGCCAAUCUGAUAUCACGAAUGUGGGUCAGACCUGCAAGCUGCAGAGCCUCUAGACUCCUACUCAUUCAGACCGAUAGUGUUGGCUAGAUCUAGGUCUACAUGCAGUGCUACCCUUCAAUGGCAGCCCAGCACGGAACAGUUUUCUGGCUUUAUGCAUGCAAGUUUAUCUAUAGCACCUUCAAAGCAAUGCAGCGGUCUGCCCCUGCCAGUGGGUGAGGAGUGGGGGGUUUCGCUACCCGUCUCGAAUCUACUGACUUCGUCUGCCACUACAAUGGCGGAGGCCAUGGUUUUGAUUGCUGACGUAUCUCUUAUACCUUUGAUCACGCACACAGACCCUUUUGUCACCUCCCAGCUUUCCUUCACACUCUCAUUGCUUCUGUGCUGUCCUGAGUUACUCUCGUUGAUACACCAAGCUCAACUGUUAUUCUCCUUCGUAUACCUCCAUGUACGACCGCAGACCGGAAUUAUGAUGCAGAGGGCGAUUGGAUAUUUUCUCGUAAAGAAAGGUGAUGGCACAAUUCCCCAAGGAGCGACCCUAACAGGGAGCGGUAGAAAGGUCCAACUGACGAAAGAAAAAUGGCGAAAUUACUUCUUCGACGGGGACUUUCGAAACGAGUCCCGAGAGACUCUUACUGAAAUUAACGGCAGCGUCACAGCUAGUUGGCUAUACCACAACCAAUGUAUGAAGAAUUUGACGGAAGAGCAAUCAUUCGAAGGGGCUCUAUACAAGAGAGACAGGGAGAACUACACAUUCGCCCCUGAAGGGUUGGACGAUUCUGUAUUCUUCCGGGAGAUGACGAGGAUGAACGUGAAAUGCGCCAUAACCUACAAUACAUUCUUCAUUCAGUUCAUUCUGGACACAAUGAUUGACAAAGCAAUCAGCAACGACUUCGUCCCACUUGGAGGAGGUCAGCGCAUUCAGCUCCUUCCUUCCCUCAAGUACCUACGCGAAUGCAAGAAAAAUCAGUUGGCCGCUUUCGUCAUGGAUGAAAAACUGUUGGUUCUUUGGGAUGAUGAUCCGAAGGAGAUAUUCAAGCGGGGGUUCGAUAUCGAGGCCAAAAUUGUACUAAAUAUCUGGGGGCCGUGGGAUGGGUGGUCGAAGGAACAGUGGAAAAUCGCCGCUAAAGAGCUUGGGGUAUCUGAAGGAACGCUUUCUCCUGCUGAGAUUGAGGAUGCAAGGAUGGAAAAGAAGCGAAAAACGCUUCUUAUCAAUCCCAUCAUCGUUGGUCUUACUCUGACCUUGCUCUUCAGCGCACUGGGGCUGGGUGCCAGGGGUCUAGCACAGGAGAUCGCAGUCGAUGGCGAUUAUCGGCGUCUGAUACUUCUCCUCGCCGUUCCAGCUCAAAUCUUCGUCUCUCUCUUUUUCAUGCAGAUUGUUAUCACCAACAUUGCUCAGGUGCUCGGCCCAGUCAAUCAGCUCAAGAAGAACUCAAAAUUCUAUUCCGGAAAUGCACCACCCCGAGUUGAACACGAUGAUACGCUCCCACACGUCACUAUCCAAAUGCCUGUUUACAAAGAAGGUUUGAUCGCGGUCAUCAUGCCGACUGUUUUGUCCCUCAAAGCCGCGAUGGCAACCUACGAGAUGCAGGGCGGAUCCUCCAACAUCUUCAUCAACGACGACGGCAUGCAGCUUCUUCCCGAAGCAGAAGCCCAGGCUCGACGUAACUUCUACCAGGAACACAACAUUGGCUGGGUAGCUCGACCUCCUCACAAUCCCAACCCAGGGAAGAACGAAAAGGAUAACGGCCAGAGGAAAUUUGUUCGUAAAGGAAAGUUUAAAAAAGCAUCCAAUAUGAACUACGCUUUGAUGAUCAGCAACAAAAUUGAGGACAAGCUGCUCAAGAUUGGACGUCACCAAACCUGGGCUCCAGAGGAAGAGCAAGAAGCCUACGACUGCUGUCUAGCGGAGGUUCUGGCUGAGGAAGAGGGCCGUGCCUGGGCGGAAGGCAACAUCCGCGUGGGCGACUACAUCCUGCUGAUUGACUCGGACACUCGAGUACCACAGGACUGUUUGCUUGAUGCAGCUACCGAGAUGGAGCAAUCGCCUGAGGUCGGGAUCUUACAGUACUCCUCAGGGGUAAUGCAGGUAACCGACACUUUCUUCGAGAAUGGUAUCACGUUCUUCACGAACCUCAUCUAUACCGCAAUUUGCUUUACCGUUGCCAACGGCGACGUCGCACCCUUCGUCGGCCACAAUGCAAUUCUCCGUUGGUCUGCACUACAACAAGUCGUGUACAAAGAUGAAGACGGCUACGAGAAAUUCUGGUCCGAGUCCCACGUUUCAGAGGACUUCGAUAUGUCCCUCCGCUUGCAAGUUGAAGGCUACAUCAUCCGUCUUGGAGCAUACACUGGUGAUGGUUUCAAAGAAGGAGUCUCACUCACAGUCUACGACGAGCUGAAUCGCUGGGAGAAAUACGCAUACGGAUGCAACGAGCUGCUGUUUCACCCUUUCCGACUCUGGAUUACCCGUGGACCGUUCACGCCUCUCUUUCAGAAGUUUCUCAUGUCAAAUAUUCGAUUCACGUCAAAAAUUACUAUCCUGUCGUACAUCGGAACUUAUUAUGCCAUCGGCGCGUCUUGGAUUCUGACAGUAGCGAAUUAUUUUUUGAUCGGCUGGUUCAAUGGCCAUCUGGACAAAUACUACCUUGACUCGUUUAGAGUCUUCUUCUCACUCAUACUUGUCUUCAGCGCUCUUGGCAAUGUAUCUCUUGCCAUCUUACGCUACAGACUUGGGAGAGGUGAUCUCCUCGCGGGUCUCUUCGAAAACUUCAAAUGGCUCCUCCUAAUGACCAUUUUCCUCGGCGGCAUCUCCCUCCACGUCUCCCAAUCCCUCCUCUCCCACUUCUUCGAAAUCGACAUGACCUGGGGCGCCACCGCCAAGGAAGUCGAGACCGUCGAUUUCUUCGAAGAACUACCACGACUUUUCAAGCGCUUCAAGAUAACGUUCAUCUUCUGCUUUGGAAGUGCGAUUGGUAUGGUGGUUUGUGCCAAAUACGUGCCGUGGCAGUGGCAGAUCAGGGAUUUCGUUCCGAUUUUCCCACUGUGCUCGGUGGUUGUUAGUCAUGCUUUGUUGCCGAUUGCGUUGAAUCCUGCGUUGAUGACUUUUACUUGGUAGAGAAGAUGGAUCUUACAUAUAUGAAUUGUUUAGUGCAUCAGAUAAUACCGUUUGAAGGAUGAUGUACUAUUUGGCUUUGGGAAUUUUCGUUGCAUAUGGUAUUAUAGCGUUCAUGUACAAGCGGAUACCAUGAGGCGCUCAUUCUCAGAUCGAGCAGGCCUGCGUAAACUGAAUUUUGAGAUAUUUAAGGAUGACACUUGAUAGACAAGCUGGUUUUCAGAUGAUAGAAUCCUACGAAAUAGUAAUGCAAUGUACAAGAUGCCGC